AAAUAAAUAAUAAGAGAGAGACAGAAAGAGAAAAAGAGGGUAAUUGUUGAAUUGGAUUGGGGAUUGUGGAUCGCAACCGGGUCCCUGAGAAGGGCCAUGGGGGAUGAGACAGAAUGUUCUCUGAGCUGUGCAGGGAGACUCUCCGGAAGGCCGCUGUCUGCUACAGUACUGGUCGCACAGGAAGUCCCACCUCAUCGCCACCAACGUCACCGCCGCCCUCACCAGCUAAAAAAGCAAAAACUAUUGCCAACAUUGAAUUGGCAAAUGUCAACAGUACCAACGACCAAGUCGGAGAGUCAUCUGUCAACCUGUCAAAAUCAUCACAGCAGCAGUAUGUGCAACAAGGAAGUAAUCCAUCCUCGGUUACGGACACGAGGGAAAUCGCUAACAAGAAAUCAAACCUCGAAUAUGUGGAAAAACGAGCUGCGAUGCCCACGGACUUUAGCAGAAAAUCGCGACGCGAUAGACGCCGGUACUAUAAUUCGUACCCGGACGAGAUCCGCGAGUGUAGAUCAGUUUCCUGCGAUCGAGACCAAACAUAUUAUUACCAAAAUCAAAACAUUAACAAUGAAUACCAACGUCGAGAGUACGUCAGAUACCGCAGGGACUCAUCGGGCUCGUCGACCGAUCAAGAUGAUUCCUCGACGUCGGGAGAUGAAGCCGGAGCCGCUCCUGAGGAAUCCAACCAAAGGUCCAGCUCUGCACACCAUCGCCACUCUCUCACGAAAGAACAAACGAUUCAUUGGUUUGCUAAUAUUGGACAUGAGGAAGACUCGCUAAGUACAUCAGAUUCAAAGCGUCGGAGUCUCUACGACGAAGACUCCCUAGAUGGUGACCAUGAGAAUGGCAAGCAAGGACGAGAGUCAACUGGAAGUUUAAAAGACCUGGACAGGGCAAAGCUUGUGCGUGAAAGGCAAAAUGAGGAACGUCAAAGAAAGCUUGAGGAAUUGAAGCAACAAGCACUUUCUGCCCAAAAAUUCCGCGAGCAACGUGAUGAAGAACGGAGAAGACGCAUCGAUGAGCUUAGAUUGAGAGAUAACGAUAGACGAACUCAAGUAGAGGAAAGGAAACGCAUGAUAUGGGAAGCAGAGAGAGAACGACGUGAGGCAAUUCUACGUAAAAAUCAAGAACGCGAAGCACGGAUCGAAGCUAAGAAAAAAAAUGAAAAAUCACACAUUGUAUUUGCAUUCGGUAGCUCGACACCGCGUAUGCUCGAACCCGCGGACACCGGCGGCUCAUCAUACUGGGCAACACGUAGAGCAACAUCAACCACCAACGUAAUGAUGUUCCCAACAGCUCAACCUCUCACCAGGAGAUCCUCUGAACGCGAACUAGAUGGAAGCAAAAAACGCGCUACAUCCGCUGGUGGACUGGAUCGUAAACCCGGCGAAGAUAUGAGAAUGUCCUCGUCUAUGUACGAAGUGUUUAAUUGGAAUUCUAGUCCUGAUCCCUGUCUAACCCAUGCGAAAAAUAAGAGAGCCAGCCUCUCGCUGCCUCCCACAACUGACAUCUUUGCCAUCGAUGAUAAGUCGGAUAGUGACACUAGACGUGCGACAGUGCAGCAGGCGGUCAGUGGUGAGGAGAAUGAUGGUCCAGCAGGAACACCAAGUGCAGUUUAUCUACGCGUAAAUCGCCGUAGAACAGAUCUGAUGCCCACGAUACCAUCGCCAAGGGACACACCGCCGAUGUCGGGUCGUAGCUCAAGCGCCAAGGCCUUCACACGUUCACCAGGUAGGACUUACUCUAUGUCCAGGCUGGAUCAGCUUGCACAGCCGAGGAAACCGCGCGUCGGUGAGCUUGGCACUUUAAAUGAACAACAGAACAAUCAACAUCACAAUCAUCAGCAUCAUCCAGAACGUCAGAGCGUUCAAACCCUGGGCGCUUCCAGCAUGAGUCGCAGCAUGUCGCAUUUGGCUGCGCCCGGGUCCAUUAAUAAAGCUGCUAUAAGUCUUAAACGGUCUGAUAACUCGCGUAGCAUGGGCACGUUACCCGGUGCAGUACCGACACCAAGGCCGACUAGGGCUGAGAAACUGCGCAGAAAGGCACGUGAGCAAUACGCUCAGCAACAGCAACAAGGUAUCCGGAGCGGUGAAGUGACACCAAGCAGUCCAUCAAGACCUCACAGUUCCAUGAGCCAACAGAGCAACAGCAGCGUGGCUAGUAGUAACGUCAAUCUGCGUCCUCGCACAUCAACGACCCCGCGACGUCCGCGACCCGCUUCUAUUGCCGGAACUGGCGUUACUGUCACAGAGCGACACAAUUUAUCAGGUGAAUUAAAGUCUAAAGAUUCAAAGCCACCACUGCCAAAGGUCCAUUCAACUCCAAAGAAACCGUCGUCAUCAACACCACGUGCAAGUAGUACUGAAAAAGAAAUAAUAAAGAAACCUGGUGACAGAUUGAUUAAGAGUGCUCGUGCAUCACCGCGUAUAACUCCAAAGGCAACGCCACUGCAGAGUCCUGGUGCUGAGCAACCGUCUCUGAUACGUCAAGAUACACAAGAGAUAAUAAAAACUAAUGACAGCUUUAAGGAAGAGCAAGUUGUUGAACACGAGAUAUCAGUGAUUAAAUCUGUUGAGCACGAGCACGAAGAAGAGAAGAAAGAUCAGGGUAAUGAGAAAUGUCUUGAUGCCGGCGCGAUGACAAAUAAUUCAAAUAAUAAAAUAAAUGAAACAAUACAAGCCCAGCAAAUUAUGUCAGCCAGCGCAGCAGGAAAUCCAGCUCAGAAAAUAGUAAAAUACGAGCCGUCCAUCGCGGCAAAUAUUUCUGUCAAGGAGGAAAAGAAAGAUGAAGUUGGUGAUAAAAAAAAUCCACCUGAGUCGUCGCAUGGCAAGUCAGGGGCUGAUGAUAAUGAGGAAGUUGUUGACAUGUCCGCAUCGAUGAUCGCCAAGAUUCGCAUUACUACUGAAGACGAAGCUAAAGCAGCACUUGCUGAGCGAAGAAGACUUGCACGUGAACAGGCUGAACGUGAAGCCGAACUUGAACGUCAACGACUGGAAGAAGAGGCGCGUCUUGAAGAGGAACGAUUGCGUGCUGAAGAAGAAGAGCAACGACGUCUAGAGGAAGAGACCAUUCGCUUGGCAAACGAAGCUCGGCUUGCUGAGGAACAGCGACUACAGCAGGCUAUUGAAGAUGCCACAAGACGUGAAGAAGAGGAACGCAAAAGACGUGAAGAAGAAGCCAGACAGAAACUUGAGAAAGAAGAGGCCGAUCGCAAAUCACGUGAAGAAGCUGAGAAGCAACGACUUGAAAUGGUAGAACGGCUUAAAAAAGAAGAAGAAGAACGAAUCGCUAGACGUAAACGAGUCGAAGCUAUUAUGAAACGAACACGUGGAGGCAAUAAUCAAGCUAAUACACCCACUAAGGACGGAGACAAAUCAAAGGACGACAGCCCUAAUGAGGAGAGCAAACCAGUACCGGGUAAUAAAGUUGAUGAUGUUAUGACCGCGAGUCUUAUCUCGGAGGCGACUCAACAAUUUAUCACCUCCGAGCAGCAAGAUCUACGUUCCGGUAACAAUAGCCCGACAACACCAGAUAAUAUUGUGCGCAAUGGCACACACAGCAACGGCAUUAAUAAUUCAAACAAUAAGACAGCAACGCUUUUAGAAAACAAUCAAGGAAACGUUGAAGAAUUAAACGGUCAUCAUACGAAUAAUCAUGGCAAUGGCAUCAACACUCAGAUUACACUCGACAAUGCUACUGUCAAACAGAACAACGUGACGAACAACCUGUUAGAUUUCUCAGAGUUUGAUACACUGAGUAAUAACACCAGCGGCACAAUAUUUGAUCUGUCAUCAAAUAUUUCAAAUGAAGAUACCCUCAACUCAAAUUUAAAUCCAACGGCAAUGCCAUUUACUCCCAUGGUCGUCAAUCCUUUUGUGCCUGUCAAUACUAAUAAUGCCAACACCAAUCCGUUCCAAGAUGCUUUCACCAACAAUAAGAGCCAGGACAACAAUCAAUUACCAGAUCUUCUAUCAUAAAAUAAAAGAAAAUUGAUUUAAAAUAAAAGAAAAAAUACCAGUUUGCUGUUAAGCAAGCGCUAGGUACACAAUAACCAGAUAAGGUGAAAGAAGAUGAUGAAUAACGAACGGAAGACAACAUUGAUAAGAUAAGACUCUAGCGGAACGACAGAGUAAUUAAUAAUUUUAAUAGGAAAAAAAAGAGAGUGAAUUUAAAAUAGAAAGAUGUAAAUAAACGAUAGAAUUUUUAGCCAGUUCGAUGGGGUCCAGACGAAGACAAAAAUAAUAAUAAUAAUAAUAAUAAUAAUACUAAUACUAAUAAUAAUAAUAAUAUGAAUGAAGCCUUGCAAGCAGUUGCCCUCCUGGAAUAAAAUACAAUAAACUUGUAAACACGAUCAUACGAUUUUGAAUAUUUAAUAACAUGCUAAUGAAGAUAUGUAAAAUAAUAUUUAACGUUAAUUGAAACAAAAUAUUAUUAUUAUUAAUUAUUAUAUAAGUGGCAAGUAAAGUAAAAGACCUGGUCAGGGAAUUAGUAACCGAUAAGAGAACGAGUACACGAUCAGAGAACUAGUACUCACUAAAGAUACUAGUACUCGUUCAGGGAAUUAGUUCUCGAUAAGGGAACUAGUAGCUGAGACGGGAACUAGUACCCGAUACAAGAACUAGUACCUAAUCCAGGAUUUAGUACUCGUUCAGGGAAUUAGUACUCGUUAAGGGAACUAGUACCUGAGAAGGGAACUAGUACCCGAUAAAGGAAUUAGUACCUAAUCCAGGAAUUAAUACUCGUUCAGGGAAUUAGUACUCGAUAAGGGAACUAGUAAUCGUUAAGGAAACUAGUACCUAAUCAAGGAAUUAGUACUCGUUCAGGGAAUUGGUACUCGUUCAAGGCAUUAGUACUCGUUCAGGGAAUUAGUACUUGAUAAAGGAACUAGUAUUCGUUAAGGGAACUAGUACCUGAGAAGGGAACUAGUACUCGUUCAGGGAAUUAGUACUCGAUAAGGGAACUAGUACCUGAUAAGAAAACUAGAACCCGAUAAAGGAAUUAGUAUCUAAUCACUCAUGUAUUUGUAUAUCUAUAUUUACAAAAUAUAAUACGGUAUAUACAAAUACUAGAAUGAUCAGAUACUAGUUCCUCGAUCGGGUACUAGGUCUUUUACCUUAUAGUUGAACAACUUGUUAUAGAAUGCUUAAUAAUGACACACUAACUUUCUAGAAAAUUAUUUUUCCGUUCCUAUUUUUUUUAAUUUAAAAAAAUAUAACGCCUAUUUAUAAAAAAUAAUAAAAUAACAAUUAUUAAAAAUAAAUAUUUAGAUAUUUAAAAAAAAUCAUGAGUAAAUAAAAAAAUGUGUAUUUUAGUGUAUAAAAAAAAUGUUAUAAUUUCAUGUUUAGUAAUUGUCUAAUGUCUCAUAUGUUUAUUAUUAUUAUUAUUAGUUUGUCAAAGCUUUUUUGUAAUGUCCAAAAAAAUAUUUUUUCUUUUCUAUAUAUAUUUAAAUCAAUAGAUAAAAUAAUAAUCACAAAAAUUGCACAAUUAAUCGUGACAUUCAGUAUAUCAGAUAUAUUAAUAAUAAAUAAUGAAGAUAAUAAAAAAAAAAAAAAUAAAAAUUGAAAAAAAAAAUUAUUUAGAUUAAAACAUGGAAGUGAAAUUCUAUAUUUAUCUAAUAGAAACUUUUAUUGUGUCUAUUUAAACUAAAAAUAAAUAUAAUUGUUAACUAAAAAAUAAUAAUUAUUUCUUCCGUACGUAUUUAGGGCCUGCGCUCACUAGUCAAGUGAUUUUAUUACUUUUUUUUUUUUCUUUUCAUCCUCUAAUUAACAAAAGGUCAUUUUUAUCAGUGUCCAGGUGGUUUCAAAAUAAUAUCAAUAUAUAACUCCUUAAUAUUAUUAUUAUUAUUUUCUUUUUUUAUAAAUUAUUAAUUAAAUAAUAAAUUAUUGCGAGUUUAAAAAUAGCGGCAUGAUUUUUUUUGCACUGAUAAAUUGCUAGUUAUUUUAAAUGCAUGAUCAGUAAUUAUUUUUUUGUCCUUUGUACUUUUUUGUAAUUGAAUUUAAAAUAGUUGAUGGCCUAAUUAUUCUGACCUCACGUUUUAAAUAUUAAAAUUUAAAUAAUCAGCGGAUAUUUAUUAUUAGUAAUGUAAUUAAUAAAUAAAUAUUAAUUAAAUUAAUGGAUAAUUAACACUAAAAUGUUUAAUAAAUAAUGGCGUAAAUAUAAUAAUGUAAUUAUAUUCAUGUGUAUGUUACAUGUGAUUAAAGAAAUAAUUAAAAAUAUAUAUAACUUUUAUUUGGCCUGAUAAUUUCAUUUGUAAUUAAAUAUUUAUAAUUAAUUAUGAUUCAUUAUAUUUAUAGCCAGAGAAGUAAAAAUAUUUCAUUUAAAUAUUUAAUUUUUGAAUUUUCUAUUUAAAUUUUUAGCAACCUCGCAUUGUAAUGAUUAUCAUAUAUUUGUUUAUUUAUUAACUGUACGGAAGAAACAUAAUGUAAACUUUUUAUAAAAUAAAGAAGAAACAGAAAAUAAUAAUAAUGUUUGUAAUGUAAUUCAAAUGUAUGUUUAAUAAUUGAAUUAUAGAUAUUACUUAUUAUGUUUUUGUAAAUUUAUUAAUUCAAAAUAUAAAUGCGAGUGGUUAAAAAUAUAUUUGUAAAAACGAUAGAUAUUUUUAUGUUAUCGAAAUUUUGUUGUACUUUAAAAUUACACUGGAAAAAAUUUAUUUAUUUCUGUUGGUUUUUCAUAAUUAAUAGAGGGUACCCUCAACUUUGAGGAAAACAUGUAAUAGGAAGACUACUAUUCUUCCCGCUAAGACACAAUGAGUAUAAAUUAACAAAGAGGACACUAUCAAUUAUGUCUAACAACUUAAAAUUGUAAAAAUUAAUAAAUUAUUAAUAUUA